GGGGACGUGAGGACCUCCGGGUUCGCAACCACCAAGGGCGGUGGUAUCACGACGAGGAGGAGGAGGAUGACAGUGAUUAGUGGAUUGCGAAUCUGUUUGAUAAUACACUUAGCAACGAGUAUAUCGUCCGACAAGGCAGAGGGGUUGACUCACGGGUUCCUGAGGCGCAGAAAGGAGGAACGGUGGCGUGGCACCGUGGCACGAGGAUGGCCUCACCGCUUGGGAGUCGUCGCUCAUACGCUGAGCCUGUGCCAGGCCCGCGCUAGUGAAAGGAUCCACCAUCUGCCAAGCGAUCUCGUUCUUGCAUCGCAGAUAGCUCGAUUUGGAGUCCUGGACACGAUCAUGAUUGUUGCGAGUUAG